AUGGGUACCCAUGGCCGUUGCUCGGCCGCCUCGCCAAUAUCCAGUGUUCGACCAAAGUCUACUAGCGUCCUAGCAGAUGAUCGCACUAUGGACCCGCCUAGUAGCCCCGGCAUGAGAGUGAUGAGAAGCCCCGCUUGCACCAGUGUAGGCCACGUUGGCAAAUCUCGCCGCCUGGACAGCUUCCGGGCCUCUCGGGAGCCUCGGCGGUUAUCGGGAUCGGCUUCUCAGCAGCUAAAAUCUAGCGUGCCUCAAUGUAUAGAUGAACCCCCAGCAGAUCCAAAAAUUGAGACCAGUGCACUCAGGCAGGAAGAGGGAUUACAGCUAGCUCAAGGCUCUACGACACGUCCAGAAUUGCAAAGAUCAUAUCCAACACCCAUUGUUGUGCACAGCCAAAAUGCUGUUGGGGUUCAGAAUAUCCCCCAUGUCACGCAGCCGAAAAUGGAAACGCAAGAAUCUUGGGAGACGCGAAAUGAUCAAGUAAUAAAUCAAGGUCAAAAUCAAAAUGGGGAGACAGUGGAGGAAGGUGCAAUCACUCAGGAAGCAAAGCCUCAUGAAAUGUUCAGGCAACUGGAGACCCACACCAUCAGUGAGGAGCAACUGAUCAAUGAGGUGCGGGGGAUUUAUACCGGACUUGUCAUGGUGGAAAAGAAGUGCAUCGAACUCGACAGGCAACAGGCGCAAUCAAAGGACGAACUGUCACAAGAUCAGUGGCAAAAAUUCGUCUUGUUGCACCGAACACUACUCUAUGAGCAUCAUGACUUCUUUCUCGCCUCCCAGCAUCCGUCGGCUGGUCCUGUUCUUAAAGAAUUGGCUCAGAAGUACGCGAUGCCGGCGCGUAUGUGGCGAUACGGAGUGCAUUCAUUCUUAGAGCUGUUGCGCCACAAACUUCCUCAAUCGAUGGAGUAUAUGCUCGACUUCAUCUACCUCUCAUAUUCAAUGAUAACGUUGCUGCUAGAAAGCGUGCCAUAUUUUAAAGAGACUUGGAUCGAGUGUCUGGGUGACUUAGCACGGUACCGAAUGGCCGUGGAAGAAUUCGAUAAGAAGGACCGUGAACUCUGGGCAGGGGUUUCGAGGUAUUGGUAUAACCAAGACGCAGAGAGAAGUCCGGAAAACGGCCGUAUCCAGCAUCAUCUUGCUAUUUUGGCGCGUCCGGAUGUUCUCCAGCAGUUUUUUCACUACACGAAAGCAUUGAUCAGUGUUCGCGCAUUCCCUAAUGCUCUCGAUAGCAUGGUCCAGCUAGUCACUCCUCUUAUGAAUCUGCCGGUUCAGGAGGGAAGUCAGAGUUUGAUUACUUCGUUCGUGACUACUCACGGUGCGCUUUUCAUGCAAGCUCCGGUUGAGGAUUUCGUUUCUCGGGCGAAUCUGUUUCUUUCUACUCUGCGUAAGGAGAUUGGUCGGGGUGUGCAACUUACGUCUUGCAAUAUCUCCGCAAUAUUUCAAUAUGGGAGUAAAUAUGGAGUGAUGGAAAAGGAUUUUAUAUUGAAAUUGCGCAGUCCUACGGCAGAAGAUCGCCUGACGGCUAUGAAGUGGGCAUCUAGUGCACCUAGUGCCCCGAAUGCAUCAAUCCAUGCCACAUACAGUGAUCUUUCGUCCCAGCUUACGUUCCGGGCAAGCUCUCUCGCAUUUCACACAUUGAUCGUCAUGUUAGGCCAAAUCGGUGAUCCCAACAUAUACCCGAGUGUGCAUAUCUCUAUGGCAUUUGUGUGGUGCCUCACACUCAACCCAGCUGCUAUACAACGACUAGAACCACUGGUUCCGUGGUCGCGACUCGCGAAUUAUCUGAACACCUUGUUCCGUCCCGAUACGAUCAUUGCAAAGAUCGAAGACGAAUCAUUCCCGCUUCUUGACGAGUCAAGUACACAUCAGCUACCGGAGGACUUUUUAAUCAGAGGACAGGCAUGGAGCCGGCUUUACUACCCAGGAGAUUUCUUCGAGGGGGCUCCUACAGAAGACGACAGGCCAUCAAUAGAAGAACGCUCAACAGUGAUUCCUAGGGAACAUCGAUGUCUUUGGUUGGGGGUGCGGAUUGCAACUUUCACCCGCUGGAUGACAUACGACCAAACGCGACGAUUCACACCCACCCGAUUAGCAGAUGAAUUCGCGCCAAUGGCAGAAUCCCCCGCUUACCUGUAUGGCAAUCCCUACUCACUAGGAACUGAUAUAUCAACAUCCUCCGAUCAGGAGAUGCAGGAAGUUUGA